UAACUCCAGGAGCUCUGUUGCAAACUUCACAAGCAGAUUGAUUUGGUGGAUGAGGAGCGAUACAACAUGGAGGUCAAAGUGGCAAAAUCCAACAAGGUUGAUGACCUUAAGUUGAAGAUUCAGUAUCUGAAUGGGAGGUUUAAGAAGCCAGUCCUGAACGAGGCGCGGAUGUCAGCCGAUGCCAUGCUGGCUGCCCUGCUGGCUGCCCUGGGCUCCAAACAUAAAGUGUCCAUGGACCUGAGAGCCAGCCUUAAGCAGGUUAAGAAGGAAGUGAAGGAUGAGGUAGGUACUUUAGAUGUUAUAUUAGGCAGAUGGAGUGCAUCAUUCACUGAAAAGAAUUAUGUGGGUAAUAUCUGUUUUCUUUGUUCUCAUUCUUUCAGGGCAUUUUUCUGGCUGGUGUCGCUGCUGCUCUCCUCCCUGGUGUGGUUCAUCUCGGUUCAGAUCAGUAAUAAAGAGAGCGCGGCUCAGCAGAAAGGCCUGCUCAUCUUUGGCGUGGUGCUGUCUGUGCUCUUGCAGGAAACCUUCCGCUUCGCUUACUACAAGCUACUAAAGAAAGCAAAUGAAGGCCUCCUCACUCUCAGCCAGGAGGAGACCAUGCCCAUCUCCAUCCGACAGCUGGCCUAUGUGUCAGGUCUCGGCUUCGGCUUCAUGAGCGGAGCGUUCUCUGUGGUGAACAUCCUGGCUGACUCAGCAGGGCCGGGGACUGUGGGGAUCCAUGGAGACUCGCAGCACUACUUCCUGUCCUCAGCCUUUAUGACGAUGGCCAUCAUUCUGCUUCACAUGUUUUGGGGCGUUGUUUUCUUUGAUGCCUGUGAGAAGCAGCGCUGGUGGGCGGUGGGAGCCGUUGUCAUCAGUCACCUCUUGGUCUCCUGUCUGACCUUCCAGAACCCCGAGUACGUCGCAAGCCUUGUUCCCACCUACGUCAUCCUGUUCCUAAUGGGUGUCUGGGCGUUCUACUCCGCCGGCGGCUCGCUCAAGAACCUCAAACUCUGCCUCACCUGCAAAGACAAGGACUUGCUUCUUGCCAACCACAGGCCUAGAUAACGCAGCACACCUAGCAGUGUGCAGGACUCUUUAUACAAGGAUCACAGAGAUCCCACACAAAUACACACACACAUUGGACACAGUGAGGAAGGAGUGUUAAAUCUGCUAUUUGAUUUGAGACUUUCAUCAUCUUAAGCGUUAAAACAUGUAAAAGGUUUUGUGGGAACAAAGAUGGGAGAUCGUUUUGAUUCCAGUCCAGCUUGGAAAAGGUUUUUAUUCAACAGUAUAACAUAUCCAUUUUGGCUAACUGUGUGCCCUUUUUGUGGUCUGCACUGUAAGAAAAACAAACCCACAGAAGAUGCUUUAGAUUGGGGGGUUAAAGCAGCAGCACUCUUUAUACAUACUCUCAGAUGCUUCAAAUCUUUCCUAGUGUUUUAUUAUUUCUAAAGAAAAUGUGUAUAUAAUUAUGCAUUUUUGAAUUCCCUAAUGUGUAAAUAUUAAAACCUUUCUUCAAGGUGUGAUAUGCUGUCUGUGGUCUGAAUAUGAACCUGCGUUUGAUUCUAAAUGCACUUGCUAAUGAUUACUAAUUGUUUGUAAUCAGUCAUCAGUCAGUCAGUAAUCUUGACGUAAUAGACCCUUGAGCAAAUAGAAAGUAGAGAAUCUAAAUCAAACAAAAUAGUUUCUUUUGUUGUUUGUCCUUGUGUGGCUUCCUUGUGUGUUCUGGUUGUUCUUAUGAGUGCAAGGAUAAAGAAUUAUUUACAAACA